AUGAUUUCAAUGAUACAAGUUCGAAGUGAUGUGGGGAUGAGGAUUCCGAAAACGGCGAAAACAAAUCUUUUGAAUUUGUUACAGCAAAUAGUCUGCGUUUGGCCAUUCUGUUUACACUCGACAUUAAAGCCUCGAGGCUCUGAGGAAACGAGUAAGUUUUGUGAGUACAAAAGUCUAAUGGAGAAGCCUGGGGUUGUUUUGGUUGUCAACACUAUUUGCCCUAUUUUGGCAAAAAAUCUAUGUUCAAUGUUAUCUAUGAUUCAAAUUUUUACUAAAAGUGAUUGGCGCCUAAAACAAACUGGUCGAAUGAAGAAAAUUUUAAACCGCCAAUGUGUGUGA